AUGGACACGACAACGCGUUUUGUUGGCGUUAAUCCUAGGGCGCUGCCUGAGAUUCCCCCACCCUGUACCUUCUUCCACCAUUGCUUUCUCCCACUACCGCCUGUGCCCCCACUUCACGACUCUACCACCAGUCCACGCAGAGCGCAGUUGACCUACAGUUUCAGUAAGGUCUCCGUGAACAGUGCAACUUGUCUUAGCUAUUCGAAGAAUAUCUCAGUGCUUUUUUCGCUUUCUUGGCGAUUUCGUAGUAUCAGUUGGCUCGCUCCACGGUGCGUUAUGUCGUCACAGGCUGCUGAUGAACUAGAACUAAACGGGAUUAUGUGCUACUUCCCUUGGCUUCCAUACUAUCGUAGGUAUCAGAUUGGGUUUGAUAUAAUUGUUAACGCCCCUGAUGCACAACAGGAUUCUUCCCCGGCGGGUGAAUCUCAGCGCUUGAUACACGUUCGACUGUGCUUUCCAGAUGGUUUUAUCUGUGAGCCUGCACACUUCGGUGGAGUGCCAAAUCCCUCUUCAUUCAGAGCUGAUGCGCCACACUUCUACCCUCCACACCCUCAUUUCCAUCCACCGAUGUACCCAGUUUACCCACAUGCAACGCCAUCCUUUCAUCAUCAUGUGUCAAUGGGCUCUCAGGGACCUAUGAUGUGGCAAGAACAACGUGAUGCUCGUGUGAUUAUAUCUGUCGUAAAUGGUGAGCCUGGGGAAUUUAUGACAAUUGACGAUGCACCAUGCGAAGUCAUUAAACUGUGUGAGCAGUGUAGAGAGUUUCACAGGAAGCCAGAACAUAUUCAAAAGAAGAAAUCUCAAGGUGUUCGUAAACGCAAACCUUCAAAGCAGCUGCACAAAGAGUCACGACAUCCAUGUGAGCUUCCAUCAACCUCAGGAACCACAGGCCAAAGGGACACAUGGUAUGCUGCACCAUUCACAGCCAGCGAAACUGUCGCCACAGACACAACAAAACAUCUGCAAAAUCAAGAUGAGCGUAAAUUGUCUCAGCAAAUGGGAGAGGAACAUGAGCAUGGGCCACAUGAUGAUGUGCAAGGAAUACAAGACAAAACUGAUACUGUCACACCAGUUUCCAGCCAGUCUACUGCUUCCACCAUCACUAAGGAAAAGGAUUGUUUGGGUUUGGAUGAUCAGAAUAAUGCUGGAAAUGUGGUUCAGGACUUUGAAAACCUCAGCACAGAUCCUGAUGUCAAUAAUGACAACUAGAUGGGUGACUAGGCUUCUCACAGUUUUACUGUAUGCAAAUUUAACAACUUGGUGAAUCCUGUCACACAUGCUGAAUUCAAGUCUAUGUAUUAAUUAGAACAUGUGUUAUGAGAUCAGCAGUCAGUUUUCUUAUUGUGGAAUCACUUUAGUUAGAGAAUGACAGCAAAAAUGUAAUUUGUAAGAAGAUCAGAUAUUUUUGUCGAAGCAGAAUAUUGUUAUUGUGUGAUUGACAUUUGGA